AUGUUUAAGAUGAACUUGAUCUUAUCCUCUUACUCCACAGACACAGACUACCUGCAGAAGGUAUUCCACAAAACCUUAAAGAAGAAUGUGCAUUUUAUCUGCUACAACAAACUCGGUCAAAAAGUGUCUAUUUGUGACUACUGGAACGACCCUCACCAAAGACUCAGCUACCUGCGGAACAACAUCUUUCUGCCUCUCCUUAAUGGUGAACGACCUCACAGUGACAUGAAAGCGUGGAGGGAAAACUUCCUGCAAAUCGAGAAGUUGGUGCUAAUUGGAGGACCGGAUGAUGGUGUCAUCACACCGUGGCAGUCAAGCCACUUCGGAUUCUAUGACAGCAGCGAAAACGUCGUAGAAAUGCAGAAGCAGGAGUUUUACCUGAACGAUGCGUUUGGGCUGAAGACGCUGGACCAACGUGGCGACUUGGUGACGUGUGUUCAUUCGGGGGUGAAGCACACAACCUGGCACUCCAACUUCACAGUGUUCAGGAACUGCAUGGAGAAGUGGCUCACAUAAAAACUCUCCAACAGUAAAAGCGUGGACGUCCGUCCAGAUGUGAAAACUUUUUGUGCAAUCAAAGAAAACAAUGAUUUAACUCCUGUCUGUGCAAAUGUGCAGGAUUUGUGCUUACUGCACUAUUCAUACUGCACAACUGACUGCUGUAAUUUUUUUAAAAGGUUUUUAUUUUAUUAACAUGAUUUGCUUAUAUAAGUGUAUAUGUUGCAUUUAUAAUCAGCUUUCAGGUUAUGAUGAACUAUCUCUUUAUAAGCCAUCUUAUUUAAUGUUUUCCACUGAUCAGUGUUGAUAAUAAUUAUCUAUGAAACAUCUUUUAAACUGUUGUUUUUGUCUGAUUCACAGAAAGUGCAUUUUGUACACAGCCAAAACUUUGUGAUCCUUUUUUGUACCUUGAGAAGUCCUUCAUGGAAAUGUCUUGAAUAUUGGGCGCAGCUGCUGCUCUCAUUUCUCAUUCUGUACAUCCUCACUUCCGCUCUGUGCACCUUCAGAUGGCGGUGUGAGGGCAGGAGGUGAGCAAGAUAUACAAGGAGAGAGGAAGUAGUAUACUCAGGAGUACAGAGUAUAAGUAAAUGAGACUUCCUGUCCACUGUGUGCUUACUGUCAGCAUCACACCCACAGAGGUGAAGAAUCGGCUGUAUGCAUAGCUGAGCUCCUGAUUAAUCACUCACUGUAUUGUAAUUUAUAACAAUGUAUUUAUAUCAAAGCUAUUUCCUAGUUUCCUCUUCAUGAGGUGCAUUUCAUUAUUGCAUUAACAUAUUUCACGAGAACGUGCACCUCUGCAAUGCUUGGUCUGGUUCCCCCAGACUGUACAGUCCAGCUAAUGACCUGAAUGACUUUAUUAUAUGAACUUUUUUCUAAA